UUAUUUUAAUGAAAAUUGAAAUAUAUGUUAAUAUUUUGAAAAAAAAGGUAUGAAAUGAUUUUAUUUAGAUACAAUUUAAGGGAAAAUAGGGAAAUAUCUAUUUGAUUUGUUUGUUAUAAAAUAAUUCAAAUAUUUAUACAAAAUUUUAUUUAAGUAAUUUUAUAAAAAGAAUGGCCCAACUACAAAAAACUUGACACCUAUCUUAAUAGUAUAGAUUUUUUGUCGAUGUCCAUAUCUUGAGAUCAAUUGCUUGUCGAAAGUAAGGUGUUCCAAAGAUCUUAAUAUGCAUAUUUUCAUUAUAUUUGGAAUAUUUUACCAAUAAUAUCAUGAUUAUAUUUAUCUUAUAUUUGAUUUAUCAUUUUAAUGGCUUAUAGUAUAGUUAGUUUUUUCUUGUUUUAUUGGAGUUAUUGAUCCAGUUAAAGAUUAUUACAUACUAAAGUUAAAGGGUUGAAAAUUUAAAAUACAUGAAAAAUACAAAAAAAUUGUUUUGAUGUUGGUAGAUACCGUUGUAAAUAUAUUAUUUCAUCUUUCUUUAUUGAUUUGCAUUUUUAAUACAAUUGGAUGUUAAUCAACCGUUCUUUUAAUUUAUUUUUCAUGAUUUAUGUCUCUAAUGAUAAAUAUUUUCUUCUAACUUUUUAUCUAAGUUGUCUUAAAGAGAUUUUUUGUUUGUUUUGGGUAACUUUCAAACAAUAAAAUUCAAUCAUUGUGAAAAUUUCACUAUUUGUUAUGACUUCUCUACCUUUUAAGAUAAACACUUAUAGAACAGUUAAAAUCACUUAUUGUGAUAAUUUUUUGAAAGAGUUGGGAAAUAGUUACUUAAAUUUUUUUUACAUCAGUAUAAAAAAGUUAUAGUUAGUGAGUUUCUAGAUCAUAUAGUGUUUUUCAUUAGUGUAUCGUAAUUAUGUUUACUUCGUUCAUCAGUUCUUUAUUCUAAUGUUUUGUGUUUUAAACGUUAUUGGUCAAGUUGUAAAUCUUGGACCUUUAGAAAAUCUCAUUGCAAAAGAAAUAUCUUCAACUAAAUUAGAAUCAACUUUUAGUGUAAAGUAGAUUUUAUUGAGCGUUUAAUUUUAUAUUCUGUUUAAUGUAAUAAGUGAUAAAUUAGUUAAAGGAUCAUAGAAAAUAGAUUUGUCGUAAAAUAUAAACUGUAUACUUAUAUAAGACAAAGCAUUAAAUAACAUAAAAAUAAAUUGACAAGUAGUAAAUAUAAUAUAAGUUUAAUCUAAGAGAAUACAUGUUCUGUACCUUUUUUUUUCGUAUCACAGUUUCUAAAAUCUAAAUGGCUGUUAAUAUAUGAUGUUUAUUGACAAUUAUUUUUUGUUAUUAUUAUAUGAGUUGUGACUGCUUCUAAAACAUUUAAUGCAAGUAAGAUUCUUUCAAGCCACAACUACAAUUGUUUAUUAUAAAUCAAAGUUGCUAAAUGAUAAUUUAACUAUUACUAUAUAGAAGAUUUUAAUCCAAAACUUACACCACACAAAUAAAAAGUAAACAAAAAAAUCAAUACGUUAAAUAGCCAAUAUAAAUAUUGAACUUAGAUAAUAUAUAAUAAUAAUUUAAAAACUGUUUCUAAUUUAAUAAUUUAUAUUUAAAUAUAAAUUAAUAUAAAAAUGUGCUAAUAUAUGUAUAAGAAUAAAUAACUAAUAAUUAACACACUUAAAUAAGGACCAAAUGGGUGUCGAACAAUAAGGUCGGCUCUUCAUGCUGAGAUGGAAGGACUUUUAUGGGCGAUCAUGUUUAAGUGGGCUAAGUGUGACUACAUUGCAUAUCUAACCGAUUAUCAAUAUGACAAUAAGCUCAUGAAAUCCCUAAAUCUAACGAGAUGAAUUACCAGACAUGCAAGCAGUAACACAAAUCAUAGUCUGAAUAAUAGAUAGAUAAAUCAAUGGUAAAAUCAAUGGAGUUCCAAUCAAUCUCUGGAGGAGAAUUGAUGUUCUCUCCAACCCUAAAACAAGAAUAAUGAAUAAUAGAAAGCGUAACCGUGAACAAUGGCUUAGAAAUAACAUAAAUAAGGGUUUAGGUCGUCCAAGGGCAUUCUGGUAAUUUGUGGCUGCUUCUGAGCUUCAGUCGGUCAUAAAAUAUGCUCAGCCCAUAUUCUGGCAUCACCGUUGAUCGAUGGUAAGGGUGCACCGUCGAUCGGCAUUUCAUUCGUUCUGUCGACAGCUUUCUCUGUGAGAUAGAACGACCAUUCCUCAGUAAAACGGGCAUAACCUCUGCUACAAAAUGCUGAUUGACCUAGAACCGGUGGCAUUGGAAAGCUAACUCAAAGCUCUAUCUUGUAUCAAAAUAUGAGCUCAAUUUAACGCUGGGAAGGUCUCCAUCUAUAGCUAAACAUCUGAUGUGUCUAUGUAGUUAUGCACUUCAAAAGAUUCCAAAAUCACUAUAUUUCUCUAAAACGUACAUGAAUCUGUAAAUAAUGUAAAAGACUCCAAAACAUAAUAAUUAUAUCUUAAAAUACUUAUAUACCAUAGCUGAAAUUGAGUAAAAUUCCAUGGUAUAUCAGUCAUGCAGAUAGAUACUGUAUAUAAGUAUAGAUUGCUUUCGUGGAAAUAAACAACCAAAGAGGCAUUGAUUUGGAUUUGACAUCCUAAUCCCCAAUUGUAAUUCUAUAUCGUUUAUGAUGGUCGUUAAAGUUUGUUUUUUUUCCUUUUUGAACACCCGUCGUUAAAGUCCAAUUUCCCUAUAAUAUAAGCGAUUUGAUUGCAUCAUUAUGUGGAUAUAUACCCUAUCUACUAAACGAAUUCAACGUUGGAAUAAACACGUACAGACAAGACAGGUUUCAAAAAGAAGCAGCUUGCUAAUACGUAGUACACGCCAAACAUGGGUGAGUGUGACCCAUGAAAUUAGUAAACGGUUCAAGUAAAUUUAACAUUAUAUAAAUCGGUUUGAACCCGGUUCCGUUACAAACUAGGAAUUUUUGAACUUUUGACAUACACCUACUAAUUAAUUAAUGUUCCAUGCAUUAGUUUAAUGAAUAAUGAUUAACGACUAGUGAAAUGAAUGGAUCCAAACGUUCAGACAGCUUUUCUCUAAUUAUUUAUACAAAAAGUUUGGAUGAGUAGGUAAAGACCAAAUACAGAAAAGCAUGGUCAUGAUAAUUUACUCCAUUAUUUUGAUUAUUAUAGGGAAAAAAACACACAAACGGGGCUGUUAGUUUUUAUAAAAAGUCAAAACUAGAGUAUAAUAAUAUACUCCUUAUAAUCGUAUAAUAAGGGAGAAAGAGAUGUGGAAUUUGAGUCAAGAUGGUCUGCUAAGGAUCCAUCCAUCCCUCUGUGUCUCUUCUCUCGUACACAUCGCAUAUCUGUGAAGCGAAGAUGGGGAGGCUGUAUAUCGCAGUCGCAGUUUGGUUGGUGUCCAUGACUUGUCUAUUUAAUGCGGUUCGAGCACAGAACGGAACCAGAGCUACUACUGAUCCCGACGAAGCUCGGGCUCUGAACAAGAUCUUCGAGACGUGGAAGAUAACGGCGACGGAAGCAUGGAACAAAAGCGGCGAACUCUGCAGCGGAGCAGCCAUCGACGACAGCAUCAGCAUCGACAACUUGUUCUACAACCCUCUCAUAAAAUGCGACUGUUCCUUUGUCGGCUCCACCAUCUGCCGCAUCAUCGCUCUGAGGGCACGUGGGAUGAAUGUUACCGGACCUAUUCCUCAAGAGCUUUGGAGUCUCGUUUACAUCUCUAAUCUGAACCUUAAUCAGAAUUUCUUGAGUGGCUCCUUGUCUCCUGGCAUUGGUAAUCUGACUCGCAUGCAGUGGAUGACUUUUGGGGCCAAUGCUUUGUCCGGUCCACUCCCCAAGGAGAUAGGAUUGCUCACUGAUUUAAGAUCUCUCGCUGUUGAUAUGAAUAAUUUCUCCGGUUCUCUACCACCUGAGAUUGGAAAUUGCACCAGGCUUGUCAAAAUAUACAUUGGAAGUUCAGGACUUACUGGUGAACUUCCUUCAUCAUUUGUUAAUCUUGUCAACUUGGAAGAAGCUUGGAUUAAUGAUAUCCAACUUACAGGUCCCAUACCUGCCUUCAUAGGAAAUUGGACCAGUCUUACUACUCUGAGAAUUCUGGGGACUAAUUUGAGUGGUCCAAUUCCAUCUACAUUUGCCAACUUAGUUUCGUUGACAGAACUGAGACUAGGUGAAAUAUCCAACAGCCGUUCUUCUCUUCAUUUCAUCCGCAACAUGAAAUCUCUAAGUGUCCUAGUAUUACGGAACAAUAAUCUUACAGGCACGAUACCUUCCAAUAUUGCAGAUUACUUGCAACUGCGACAACUUGAUUUGAGUUUCAACAACCUAACUGGGCAGAUUCCACCUUCGCUUUUCAACUCAAGCCAACUUACUCACUUGUUUCUGGGAAAUAACAAGUUGAGCGGUUCCUUACCCAUUCAAAAGAGUUCCUCUCUUAGUAAUCUAGAUGUUUCAUACAAUGAUUUGACAGGAAAUCUUCCUUCUUGGGUUCGCCUACCAAACUUGCAACUUAACCUGAUUGCGAACCACUUUACAGUAGGACGGUCUGACAGAAGGGUUUUCCCCGGACUGGACUGCCUCCAGAAGAGUUUCCCCUGCAAUCGAGGAAAAGGCGUAUAUUUCAACUUUUCUGUCAACUGUGGAGGCCCGGAUAUCAGGUCCAGUAUUGGAGCUUUGUAUGAGAAAGACGAGGGGGAGCUUGGACCAGCUUCAUCUUUCGUAAGUAAAAAACAGAGAUGGGCAGUCAGCAAUGUAGGACUAUUUACUGGAAGUAACAGCAAUCAAUACCGAGCUCUUUCAGACACACCAUUUGCAAACACUUCUGACUCAGAGCUUUUCCAAUCAGCGAGGCUCUCUGCAUCUUCUCUAAGGUAUUACGGUCUGGGGCUAGAAAAUGGAGGCUAUAGUGUAACACUUCAGUUUGGUGAAAUACAAAUACAAGGUUCUGGUACCUGGACAAGUCUUGGAAGGCGACUUUUCGAUAUAUAUGUCCAGGGAAAACUUGUUGAAAAGGAUUUUGAUGUGCAUAGAACAGCUAACGGUUCUACUUCCCGGGUGAUUCAAAGAGUUUAUAAAGCAAAUGUAUCUGAAAAUUACGUUGAAAUUCAUCUUUUCUGGGCUGGAAAAGGGACAUGUUGUAUUCCUGCUCAAGGGACAUAUGGGCCGUUAGUCUCUGCUAUCAGUGCAACGCCAGAUUUCAUACCUACUGUAGCUAAUAAGUUGCCCCCGGAAUCCAAGAAAAAAAUUGGUAUAAUUGCAGGGGCCAUUGUAGGAGCAGGAAUGAUAAGUAUCUUGGUGAUUGCCAUCAUCUUAAUCAUCCGUCGGAAAAGAAAAAGGGCGGCUGAUGAAGAAGUGCUACACAGCUUGGACAUAAGACCCUACACCUUUAGUUACUCAGAACUCAGAGGUGCAACUCAAGAUUUUAAUUCUUCCAACAAGCUUGGUGAGGGAGGAUUUGGACCUGUUUUUAAGGGGAAACUGAACGAUGGAAGAGAGAUAGCCGUGAAGCAGUUGUCAGUUGCAUCGAGGCAAGGCAAGGGUCAAUUUGUUGCGGAGAUUGCCACUAUAUCAGCUGUUCAGCAUCGCAACCUUGUAAAACUGUACGGAUGCUGCAUCGAGGGGAACCAGCGUAUGCUUGUGUAUGAAUACCUCUCAAACCACAGUCUAGAUCAAGCUCUGUUUGAGGAAAAUAGCUUGCAACUUGGUUGGUCAGACCGUUUCGAGAUAUGCUUAGGAGUAGCAAAAGGUUUGGCAUAUAUGCAUGAGGAGUCAAGUCCUCGUAUAGUGCACAGGGAUGUGAAGGCAAGCAAUAUUCUGCUGGACUCGGACCUGAUACCAAAACUCUCUGACUUUGGAUUGGCCAAACUAUAUGAUGAUAAGAAGACGCACAUAAGUACCCGAGUUGCAGGGACCAUAGGGUAUCUGUCACCGGAAUACGUGAUGCUUGGACAUCUUACGGAGAAGACGGAUGUGUUUGCCUUUGGUAUAGUGGCUCUGGAAAUUGUAAGCGGAAGGCCCAACUCCUCUCCAGAAAUGGAUGAGGAGAAACAAUACCUUCUCGAAUGGGCAUGGAGCCUACACCAAGAGAAUCGUGAUAUGGAAGUGGUAGAUGCGGGUCUAACAGGAUAUGACGAGGAAGAAGUGAAACGUGUAAUAGGGGUAGCCUUCUUGUGCACACAGACAGAUCACACAGUACGGCCAGCAAUGUCCCGAGUGGUAGGCAUGUUGACGGGGAAUGUGGAGAUAACGGAAGCCAAUGCGAAGCCAGGGUACGUCUCUGAGAGAACAUUCGAGAACGCAAUGAGCUUCAUGAGUGGUGGUUCAACGAGCUCGAGCUUGGUAUUGCCCCCUGACACUCCAAAGAAUCCUUCCAAGUAGAAGAUGGACUUGAACAAACUUGAAUGAAACACGUUUUGAGGGGUUCUUAUUGUAUAAAUUCAAGAAGCGUGGUUUGUACGAAAGUACUUGUCUGACCAAACUACAAAAACGUCCCUUUGACUAAUUAUUUGUCUUCUCCUGAAUGCUUUUGGCCCCAUUUUUUAACAUUUUAAGUAU